AUGGUCGCGGCUGUAUCUACAGAAGGCAGCGGUCUCUCCAGCUGGGGUGACUGGUUCAAGAAGGACUAUCGACGUCCUAUCGCCAUCUGUGCUCUCAUCAGUAUCUGUCCCAUCGCCUAUGGUUACGAUGGUACUUAUUUCACCUCUCUGCUCGAAACCCCCGUCUUUGUCAGGCAAUUCGGUCAACUGAACAGCGACGGUGAAUACGAGCUCUCGAGUGGCAACCAAUCCCUCUGGGUCUCCAUCAUCCAAGUCGGAGAGAUCUUUGGCUCCCUUGCCGCCGGUCCCAUCGGUGACUACUCUGGUCGUAAAGGUGGUAUCGCCAGCGCCAUCACCCUCCUCGCCAUCGGCGUCGUCCUCCAAAUGAUUGUCGUCGGCUCUUCCGCCCUCCUCACCGUCGGCCGUCUCAUCGCCGGUGCAGGUAUCGGUAUCAUCUCCAACGCCGCCCCCUUGUUCUUGUCCGAAAUCCCGCCCAUGGAGAUCCGUGGUGCCUGUGUGUCUAGUUGGCAGUUGAUGUUGGCUGUGGGUCAGGUUAUCGGUGCCGCCGUCGGUCUUGGUACGCACACUAUGGAAUCUACCGCCUCGUGGCGUAUCCCCGUAGCCCUCAACCUCGUCUGGGUCGUCCUCCUCGUCGGCGUCCUCUUCAUCGUCCCCGAAUCCCCUCGAUGGCUGCUCUACCACGGCAAAGAAGCCAAGGCCGAGAAGGCGCUCAUGACGAUCCACGGCGGGUCGGAUUACAAGGAUAUUCUCGUUUCCGAGCAGAUGGCGAUUCUCACAAAGAGUCGAGAGGAGGAAGCUGAGGCUUCUAGCAGUGAAUCGAAAUGGUCCGACCUGUGGAAGAACCCCGUCGAACGCCGUAAAUUCUUUGCAACUGUCGGUAUCCUCGUCUCCCAACAAAUUUCCGGUGUCCAGUUCAUCUUCUCCUACACCACCACCUUCUUCGCCCUCGUCGGUAUCCAAGACACCUUCAUCAUCACCAUCAUUGUCGACUGUAUUGAAGUCUUGGGUGUUAUUGCGAGUUUCUUUAUCGUGGAGCGAUAUGGCCGACGACCUUUAUUGAUUUACACGAACCUGAUGGAAAGGGGCAGUGGUAUCUUCAUGUUCAUCACCCUCAUCAUUGUCGGCUGUAUGGGUGCCGUAGCAGGCCAGGGCGACAAGUUCGAACCCUACCUCGCCGCGCACCCUUCCCUCGGAAAAGCCGUCGCCGCCAUGAUCUGUCUCUACGUCUUCGCAUUCAACCUCUCCUGGGGUCCCCUCGCCUGGGUCGUAGCCGCCGAAAUGUCCACCGGCCGUAACCGGCAAAAACACCUCUCCAUCGGUACCGCCCUCUUCUGGUUCUCCGCCUGGGUCGUCACCUUCACCCUCCCCUACUUGUUCCAGCCCGCAGAUGCCGGGUUGGGACCUAUGAUCGGUUUCAUCUAUGCCGUCGGAGGGUUUUUGAGCGUGGCUUUCGUCUUCUUCUAUAUUCCGGAGACGAAGGGCAGGACUUUGGAGGAGAUCAACUUCAUGAUGGAAGCCCGUAUCCCCACCCGUCAAUGGAAAGACUUUGACCUCGCCACCGUCGUCGCCAAAGACGAAAAGAAGGGUCUCCGCGGCCAAGUCGAGCACGUCGAGACUGCCGCCGGCGGUAAACCCGUGGCGGACGAGAUUGAAGCUGUUGGUGGAGAGAGGCCGGGGAAUAAGAGGUUUAAGAGUAUGUGGAGGGAUGAUAGUGCUUAG